GAAUUUUACAUGACAGCCAUAUACAGGAGAAUAUAAGAACUAAGAGAAUUAUAUUAUUCUCGAUAUAAAUAUAUAAGUAAUUUUUCCAAUAUCCGAUAAAAUAAAUUAUAUUCAAGGUCUGGAUGCUUAUAGUUCGAAUAAUUCUUUCAUAGGGCGAUUGAAGAUCGUGCAAAUCAUUUCAAUUUGUAGCAUGUGACAUAGACAUAUUGAUAUUCAACUUGAUUUAUAGUUUCCUACGUUUUAUAUGAUAUAAGAUAGAUAUGAUAUAUCGGAGGUAAAUUAAAGUACGUUAAUGCCUGCGUAAUUUCUAACAAGACUUACAUAUUGUCCUAAGAAAUCUUUCUAACGCUUUAUUUAUAUCACGAAUAGAAAUUUGUACGGAAAGAAUAAACGAAUAUAUGAAAAUCAAAAUAAAAUAAAAUAAUUCCACUCAUAUACAUAUAUCAGCUGAUCCUCUCCGAUCUCGAAAAUAGUAAUGCGGUUCGACCGAGUAAACUUGCUAAGAAUACAGUUGUAUUAUAGUAGGGAUAUAUAAUGAAUGGGUGUGUCCCCUCUCCAAAAGCUUGUAACUUUUUUUCUCCCUCCAGCUGGAUUUCCCGCCCUUUUCACGAGGCGUCUUUUUUCAAGCCGCAUCACAGCAGUACUGCACACGCGUCCUGCCCGUCCGACGCGCACGCAUUCCGCGGCGACGCCUUUAAUAUCGCAAAAGCUUCAUGCUCGACGGAUAAGUAGAAUUUUUAGUAACGAAAGCAUGAAUCUCGACGUGAGUGUUAAAAGGAGAAAAAAAGAAGUCUGAUAGUAGAGCGAAACCGAAAGCUUCCUGGAAAGGUUUGUCGUUAAAGCGCCCGGAAAUGAAGGAAUGAUAAUACGAGUCGUGUGGUGUAAACACGGCGAAUGACGCGCGCCACUGCGCAGCACCUAACGCGCAGCAUUUGAACUUUCAGAGUUCGAUCGGCCAUAUUGGACUGCGACUCUUACACAACGCCCUCACACGAAUAAUUCCGAGUUACAAGAUAAGCCAUAUAAGAGUCUGUGUGAAUUAAUGGUGUGACCAUGUCGGCAAAUGUAACAACUAUAAAGUUAGAGGAGGGACAAGAGUCCGUAACUGAAAUACAGACGUACCUUGAAAGUUUUAACAAAGAAAUUGAGGGUGGCCAAGGCGAACAGCUACAACAUGUACAAUUACAGCAAGUGGAAGGUCUUUCUGGUGGAGAAGAAGGUGGUACAUAUUUUGUAGACCAAACAGGACAAUAUUAUUAUCAGGCCAGUAGCGACGAUACACCUGUCAUGACACAAGUCCAAAUUCAAGAAGUGGACGACAACGACGGUCAGACCGAUGGAGAUGGAAAUCAAGAUGACCAGUUUCAUGAAAUAGAAGAACUUGACAAUGUCGAGGGUGAUGACGACGGCCAGGUAUCGAAUAGUGGUAACAGUCAAAUGGUAAUUAACUCUGGGGAUGCAUAUCAAACUGUAACAAUUGUACCGUCCGAUACAAAUCCUGGUGAAGUGAGCUAUGUACUCAUAGUACAGCAACCAGAGUCAGAAGAUAAGGACAGUAGAGGCGCUGAUGGUGACACUGGAGAGGGCGAUGAGGGUGAGGGUGAACAAGACCUUACAGUAUAUGAUUUUGAGGAUAACGAGGACAAUGAGGUCCCUAUGGAAUCUGAGGCGGAGGAUGACAAGACAAAAAUCAUAAAAUUCCUCCCAAAGAAAAGUCAAACCGUAACCCAAGCCCAUAUGUGUAAUUACUGCAACUACACAAGUCCGAAACGGUACCUUCUUUCACGACACAUGAAAUCUCACUCGGAAGAACGUCCCCACAAAUGCAGCGUUUGCGAACGCGGUUUCAAGACGCUUGCUUCGUUGCAGAAUCAUGUAAACACUCACACCGGGACCAAGCCACAUCAUUGUAAAUUCUGCGACAGCGCCUUUACCACGUCUGGUGAACUGGUGCGACACACGAGGUACAAGCACACCCGCGACAAGCCGCACAAGUGCACACUCUGUGAUUACGCGAGCGUCGAGAAGAACAAGCUGCGAAAUCAUAUGCGAAUUCAUACGGGAGAACGUCCAUACGAGUGCCCUCAUUGUACAUACGCCAGUCCUGAUACUUUCAAAUUGAAACGUCAUUUACGCAUUCACACCGGUGAGAAACCGUACGAGUGUGAUAUAUGCCAAGCAAGAUUUACGCAAUCCAAUAGCCUGAAGGCGCACAAGCUGGUGCAUAAUGUCGGCGACAAACCAGUAUUCCAAUGUGAACUGUGUCCAGCGACGUGCGGUAGAAAAACUGAUCUUAGAAUUCACGUGCAGAAGCUUCACACAUCCGACAAGCCGCUCAAGUGCAAACGCUGCGGAAAAACAUUCCCAGACAGCGAAGACCGAUUUUCGUGUUGCAGGUACAGCUACAAACUGCACAGUAAAACGCACGAGGGCGAGAAGUGUUACAAGUGCGAUCUAUGUCCUUACGCGUCGAUAUCGGCCCGUCAUCUUGAGAGUCAUAUGCUCAUUCAUACGGACCAAAAGCCAUAUCAGUGUGAUCAUUGCUAUCAAUCCUUCAGGCAAAAACAAUUGCUUAAACGGCACUGCAAUCUUUAUCACAAUCCGUCUUACGUACCGCCACCACCUCAGGAGAAGACUCAUCAGUGUCCGGAAUGUGAGAGACCCUUCAGGCACAAAGGGAACCUCAUUCGGCAUAUGGCGGUGCACGAUCCGGAAUCAUCUUUGCAGGAGAAGCAGCACGCCCUCAAGAUUGGUAGACAGAAGAAGAUUCAAAUAAUUGAUGGCCAGAGAGUGGAAGUUAUGACAGGUGAUUUAGCUUCUAAACUUAAAGGUUAUGAAGACGACGAAGAGGAGGACGAGGACGAUAUGAUGGCUGUCGAAGGAAGUGAUGGCCAGCAGUACGUGGUGCUAGAAGUUAUACAGCUAGCAGAUAACCAGGGUGGAGAUCAGCAGAUGGCAGUGGUUGCUAGUGAAGAUGGCGACCUGGUUAUGCAGGAUCCUCUCAGUCAAGACGGAAGUAUCGUAACGGGAACGGGAGAUGAUGGCGACGUGGAGGAUGAAUCCGAGCUACAAGAGUUAAAACUGGAAUCAGACGUUUCUGGUUCUUCGAACAAAUCUUCAGGUCAAUCCUCACAGAAUAAUCCUAAGUUACGCAAGGAAAUGGAAAACUGUUUUGGCUUCGAUGAGGACGAAGAGGAGGAUGAGGAUGGCAAUAGUGACAUACAUUUACUACAAACAAUUUCGUAAUGAAACGAACUGAAGGAGUGUUACGUACCUACUUAAUAGUCAAAUAUUUUUUCUCCUCACAGUAUCGGUGUAAGUGAUGACAUUGCAAAGACAGUGAAAGCAGUGUACAUUAUAUUAGUUAUAUAUAAUAAUUUAUAAAUAUGACGUAGCGUGAUAGUUUUAUAGGACUAAAGAGGCAAGCUGUACAACCACAAUAAUGUAAAAAUAAUAUCCAUUAACGUACGCAUCGCUAUGCCGAUACAUGAGGUACAUAAAAAAAAAGUUUGCCACGUGGUGCGGUUGGCCCAUCAGUGAAACGUUCUCGUCUAUGAAAACAAUACCAUCGUAAAAUGAUGGAGACAGCCCAGCACAGGCAUAAUAUUUUAUAAAUAGAUAAAUCAUUAAUGAUUCGAGAAUAUACCAUGAACGGAGAACGCAGUAUGCUGUAAGGAGCUGACUUUGCACCUCCUUAAAAAGAAGGAAGAGAGUAAGAAGAAUAGCAAGAGGACAACGAAGAGGAAGAUAGAAAAAAACGCAUGAAAUCCGUUGUUCUUCAAAAAAAAAAAAAGAAGAAAUGGUCCGGCCCACAAUAUCAAAAAGCGCGAAAAAAUGUGAGGCUACAUUGUAAAUACACGCUUUUCACUACUCUUCAUUUUGUUAGGACAUAAAAUAAGUCUUUAAUUUUAAGAAUUAGAAUUAUCAUUGGGUGUGUCGAUUAUCCAAAAUGAAAAAAAAAAUUAAGGAAUUGGGAUCUGCCUGCACCAAACGGAAGUAACUUUUAGUGCGGGCAGAUCCACAGGAGCGUAAUUGUAACACAAGUCACGUUCGUCUGGGGUUCACAAUGUUUAAAAAUUUUUUUAAAUUGUGAAUAUUAAUUCUUCUCGCGGUUUAUCCGGUGGUCAGAGGCCAUUUUCUAAUAUGCCAUGUAUUGUCAUUACGUAUACGCGAUGAACGCGUAACGCAUGUACUAUUUCCACAUGAGAGUUUCUUUUGCAAAAUUGCAAUGAAUGAAGGUCACUCGCGGUCGUGGGUCGAAGCUCUUUUGAUUUUUAUUUUCUCUAUUUUUUGCUUUACUUUUUUUUGCACAUUUGUUUACGUCAACGGUUGAUCUCUGCACUCGUAAAAGUUACGAGCCAGUUACAUGGCGCCGUAUAUGGUCACGCAGAGGGCGACGUUUAACGUGCACACUUUCAGACGUGGACACUGCAAAGGUUUAUUGAACAUGAAGAAUAAUGAUACACGAACCCGGGUUAUAUAAGUUUCUUUGAGAGCCGAGAUCAGCCGAAAAAGAAUUAUUAUUUAGUGGGAAGGAAAAAACAAAAUUACGAGAAAAAAAAAAGAACAAAGAGAAUUGGAGAAAAAAAGUAAAGAGAAAAGUAUGAAAAUUCUUUUUGUUGAAUACUUUAUCGAAAUCGUGCGCGGGGAUGGCUGACCUCCGGAUUGAUCGCGUACGAGAUCCGUUGGUAGAUUUUAAGGUAGGAUUAUUUGAAAAAAAAGAAAAUAAAAUGAAAAGAACGCUACGUGUAAAUUUGAUUGAGCAGAACGACAA